AAAGGUGACUAAAUAUUUUUUUCUCCCCUUCAAAUUUUCUGUUAAACAUGAUCUCUCUUCUAAUAAAAUUAUAAUUCAUUGAGUUUUCCAAUUUCUCCAAAAAAAAUCAAAGAUAGAUUUUUCUCUUUUUUUUUACGAAUUUUGAUUUUUUUUUUUAAGAAAGAUUUGGAUUAAGAUUCAUGAUUAUCCUUAAUCCCUAAUUUUUCAAAUUCUGAUACUUUGUAAAUUGAAUAAGCAAAGGGAAAAACCAAUUCAAAUUUCUAAAUGUGAGCGGUUUAUGAGGAGAAAUAUAUAAAUGUAAGUAUAAAGCUUCUUCUACAUUUAUUAAUGUCAAACGUUAACCUCCGAAUCCGAAAAUGCCCCUCUAUGUUGAUCGCGACGCUUCCAAGCUAUGGAGAAAAAUUUGCGCAGAAACAUCAAUGGAAGUCUCGCUGGUUGCUGAGAAUUGGAAGCCUCUCCUUGCAGGAAUUAUUUUUCAGUACAUACACGGUUUAGCUGCUCAUGGAAUUCAUUACUUACAUAGGCCAGGGCCAACGCUUCAGGACGCUGGCUUUUUUCUUCUUCCAGAACUUGGUCAAGAUAAAGCUUAUAUAAGUGAAACUCUGUUCACUUUCAUCUUUUGUUCUUUUGUGUUGUGGACUUUUCACCCUUUCAUUUUUCAGUACAAAAAAAUCUAUACAGCUCUAAUCUGGUGCAGGGUUCUUGCUUAUUUGGUGGCUUGUCAGAUUCUCCGGAUAGUUACAUUCUAUUCAACUCACCUUCCUGGUCCAAAUUAUCACUGCCAUCAGGGCUCAAAACUUGCCAGGCUUCCCCCUCCAGAGAGUGCGAUUGAAUUGCUUGUAAUCAACUUUUCUCGAGGGGUUAAUUAUGGCUGUGGUGAUUUGAUAUUUUCGUCACACAUGAUAUUUACCAUAGUGUUUGUACGCACGUAUCAUAAGUAUGGCACAAGAAGGUGCAUAAAGCAGUUUGCUUGGUUACUUGCUGUGAUUCAGAGCCUUCUUAUUUUAGCAUCUCACAAACAUUACACGGUUGAUGUUGUUGUUGCAUGGUACACUGUAAAUUUGGUAGCAUUUUUUAUUGACAAGAAAAUGCCAGAAUUGCCUGACCGAUCCACUGGACUCACAUAUCUGCCGCUGCUACCUGUAAGUAGAGAAAAGGAUAGCAGAAGCAUGGAAGAACACCACAAAUUACUUAGUGGAGUUUCUGUUGAGAUUUCAAAUUGAGUAUGGAUUAUUAGUUAAGCUCCCAGUAAUCACCCUGGUUUUCACCUCCGAUUGCUUCCCUUGUGGCACUUUGAAAUAGUUAAUAUGCCUGCAGAAGCUUUGAACACAUGAAU